UCGGGAAACUUAUUAGUUUUGUGUAUUUUUAUUUUUGAUUCUAAUAGAGAAUAGAACAAGCUUUCGACUGAUGUAAAGUUCACAGAUAUAGGUUAAUUUUUAACCAAAAUAUAUGAGUGAAAGCAAAAAGUGUCACAACCCUCCUCGGUCUCCCUACCGAUGACGAUUCUUCUCCACUUCGUAAAAAAAGAAACUUGAAUGAAAAUGAUAGGACUAUUGAAAUACAUGACAGUUUUUGGAACUGCUUUGAGGAAGUCGCAACAGAUAAUAUGCGAAAUGUUAAUGAUGAAGAGGACAUGGAGAAGAAUGCUGUGGCAAACGAGUUGGAUUUUUAUAUGAAAACAGUUCGCUUAGAUCGGAAGGCCGACCCUUACAAGUGGUGGUUUGCAAACGAAAAACAAUACCCAAACCUUUCGAAAUUUGCUAAAGUGUAUCUUUCUUCUCCUGGAAGUAGCGUGUAUAGUGAAAGGUUAUUUUCUGAGGCUGGUAUCAUUUACGAUGAAAAGCGUAAUCGUUUGCUACCAAGAAAUGCUGAAAAGCUUGUUUUUAUUCAUCAUAACUUACCAUUGGUUAAUUUUAAUUACUAAAGUGUUGUAAUUUUGGAAAUAAAUACAUAAUUUUGAGUAAUAUGCUUGUCUUUUUUACAUGGUUUGGUAUUCGGUAUUCGGCCGAAUAACGAAUAGUUGCCGAAUAUUCGUGACAUAUCUAGUUACUUUUUCGUGGCCAAAAUAAAAAUACAUCCGUUUUAGGAAUGCUUUGUAUCUUAUGGAUUAUGCUCCAGAAAGAAUAAAGACUCUGGAAUUACUUUUUCCAGUAGUGGGUCACUCGUUACUGUCACCAGAUCGCGUAUUCGCCCAAAUUGAGAAAAAAAUAAAAAAGGAAGAAGUUAUACCUAACCCGCAAGGUUAUUACAAUAUCUUCGAAGAGCAUGGGACCGUUCUGAAAUUAGGUUCAGAGGUCAUCGUUCAGAAUUGGAAAGAGGCGAGUACUGAAAUACUAAAAGGAACAAAUGCAAUGCAUUUUUCUAUUAAGCAAUGUAAGAGGUUUUUCAUUAAGAGGAACAAACAGAAACAUAAUAUAUUAGUACGUGCUGAACAAUCGUAUCAAAAUGCAUUGGGUUCAUACAAGAAUAUUUGCAAGAAAAACAAAACUGCUAGUCUAAUAAAUCGAAGAAACAUACAAACUAAUGUAGUGGUUAAAAAAGAAAAACUAGACGAUGUCAAAAAGCUGUUAACAGCUCACUACGGAGACCAGUGGGAUAUUUUACCGGACCUUGAGUACUAUAAAAAUGUAAUUGAACGGUCAAGUGAUAGCUUUAUUAAUUGUUAUUCAAAUGAAAGAUGUGAAUCAGAGGAAGAGUUGCCUAAGUUGAUUGUAUAAUGGCAUUAUAAGUUUUUAAACAUUGUUGAUUACCAAAAUUACGUUCACCUUACCUAACUGGUUAUCCUAACUCAAAUAAAUAAUUUCUUUAAAACAAAUCUUUUUUACAGUAUUUUUUAUAUUGAUAUUGAUUUUUUACAGAAAUUUGCAACCCCUGGGCAAGCUAGAGAUGAAACGGAUAGUAGUUUGGCCGGAUACCGGAUACCGGAUAUUCGGCAAGCUACUAGGCCGGAGCGCCGGAUAUCCGGCUGCCGGAUAUUCGGCCCUUUAUUGCAUUGACGCGAUCAGUUUGAUUUGAAUAUUCGCGCGGUGAACGAGAUCGGAAAUAUUCACGCGCAUUCGGCGGACGUAAGCGGAAUCGGGUCGACUCGGGGGCGUUCGAGUGUUAUCGCGCGUGUCAAUUUGUGUUUGUUUCUCAGUUCGUUUGUUGUUUAUUUCGUUGUUUAUCACUUGUCGUCGUGAUUUUAUGUUUGAAUUCUGAUAGAUUAACAAGAAAUGUCAUCCUCAAAAACACGAUCGCCAAUAUGGCAAUAUUUUGAUUUAAACAGUGACGAUAACAAGUACGCGGUAUGUUUGUUGUGUCACGUUAAAAUUUCUCGAGGUGGUGAAGGAAAAAAGGCAGGUACGUAAGUUUUAGAGGUUAUGUUUUUGCUUCAAUUGAACGAAAAGAUAUGAAAACAAAAAAAUAUGUAUAUUCUUAUAUUCUUAAACUGAUUUUGUUAAUAAACAAACUUAGUAGGUACCAGUAUAACAAAAUUUUGGUCAAUGUGUCGUUUCAUUUUUAUUUUCAUUACGUACCUACUACUACGGCCUUACUUGAAAUUAGUUUAAAUUAUUUAAAUAAAACGACAUUCACCAAUUUUAUGAAUGCAAGUUUAUGACUUUAGCUUUUUUUUUAUUGAUGUACAUUGUGAAUCGGAAACCUUCAAUAUUUUAAAGUAUGUUUUUUUUUGUCAUUUAUUAGGUACUUCAGCGAUGAGUAAUCAUUUGAAGUCCAAACAUCCAGAGGAGUUUAAAUUGAUAAAUAAAAAAAAACUGGUGAAAGUUCAAAGCCUGUUACGGCUCCGGUACAUGUCGUUCCCAGCACAAGUGCAUCGUCAUCAUCAGCAGAAAAACAACUAACACUGUCGGAAUCGUUUGAAAGAAAAUUACUUUGGAAUGUAAAUGAUGCCAAAGCCCAGAAAUAUCAUUAUUUAAUUUCAGAAAUGAUUGCUCUAGAUAACGAGCCGUUCAGUAUCGUAGAAAAGGUUGGGUUUAAAAGGCUUCUAGAACAAGCGCUACCUCGUUAUGAAUUACCAAGUCGCACUUAUAUUUCUCAAAAAAUUGUGCCCGAUAUCUACAAUAGAAUUCACGACAAAAUUAAAACAAACAUUUCAAAAGCUAUUGCAGUUUCUGUUACUUCUGACAUUUGGACCUGCCUGCACAAUAGUUCCAGCUUCUUGAGUUUCACAGCCCAUUGGUUGUCUCCGGAAUUUCAACUGCAACACGGCGUUCUUGCUAUGAAACCGUUUUCAGGAUCACACACUGGAGAAAAUAUAGCAAAGGAACUGAACGCUAUUGCUGCUCGCUGGGAUAUUGAUAGAAAUAAAAUUCAUUUACUAAUCCAUGAUAGUGGCGCUAAUAUGGUAAAAGGAGUUCGAGUUGCAGAGUAUGAUUCUGCUAGAUGUUUCAUACAUUCACUUCAGCGAGUUGUUAUUGAGGCAAUGAAGGUCCAAGCUGAAGUAUUAGACGUGAUUGCUACUGGAAGACGUCUAGUAACUCAUUUCAAUCAUUCAAGUUUAGCACAAGAAAAAUUGCUUGCAAUUCAAAAGGAGUUACAUUUACCGCAGCAUCAGUUAGUGCAGGACAUCAACACGAGGUGGAACUCUACCUACUACAUGGCAGAACGCUUGUUGGAACAAAAAAGGGCUAUCUCUCUUUAUGUCGCUGAACAUGACACACUCACUAAUUUGACGAUACAACAAUGGGGCCUAAUGGAGCAGUGCAUAAAUCUUUUAAAACCAUUUGAAGAAAUAACGAAAAUUACAAGUUCUGGCCUUUCCUGUAUAUCCGAGGCGAUUCCGCAUAUUUCUGCAUUAAAAAAGUAUUUAGACAAAAAUGAGACUGCACAAAGAACACCAGACUUAGCUCGUAUGAGAGCUUCUUUGAAAGCUGAAUUGGAAAGUCGUUUUAAAUCCUUAGGAGAUAAUCCAAACUACCUAAUUGCUACCUUUUUAGACCCAAGGUUCAAGUCAGAUUAUUUAGGAGUUCUUGAAACUGAAAAAGCCCGACAGAAAAUCAUGAUAGAGUAUAUAAAAAACUCUUGCGAGGAAUCUUCUUCUGACGGUGAAAGAUCAUCGCCAUCUUCAACACCUGCUAAACGAAUGAAAGAAGAUGAAACUGGAUCCAAGGUCACACGUGAAGCUCAUGACACUUUUUGGAACUGUUUCGAUGAAGUGGCAAAGGAUAAUAGUAGUGAAGGCCACGAUCAAGAAAAACAAAAUCCAAUUGCUAACGAGAUUGACUUUUUUUUAAAGACAUCUCGAAUCGAUCGCAAUCACGACCCAUACAUUUGGUGGUCAGUUAAUCAAAAUCAGUACCCGCAGUUGUCAAGAUUUGCUAGAAUUUAUCUUUCAGCACCUGGCAGUAGCGUUUACAGCGAAAGGCUAUUUUCAGAAGCUGGUCUGGUAUACGAAGCCAAGCGAAGUCGCCUCUUACCAACAAACGCGGAAAAUUUGGUAUUUAUUCAUCACAAUUUGCCACUUGUUAAUUUUGAGUAUUAAACUAAUACAUAUUAAUUAAUAAAACAAACAUUUUUGAUGUGUGUGGAGUAUGAUUUGCCUUGUGUAAAAAUUUAACUAUCCGGUAUCCGGCCGGAUACUGUAUUACUAUCCGGUAUCUGGCCGGAUAGUUAAAACAAGGCCGGAUAGGCCGGAUACCGGAUAGUUACCGGAUAUCCGUUUCAUCUCUAAUUCACUUACACAAUCUGCAAAAUAAGUCAAAUCCAUACAUGAAACAUUCAUACACAGUCAAAUCCAUACAACUAACAAUCAAACCAAGCUAAAUCCAUACUACACUAUCAAACUAAGUCAAAUCCAAUUUUUAAAUCAUGAUUUUGUACUUUUUUUGUAUGAGAUGCUAUUAUGUUAUUGAUUUAGAAUUUUUAAAAAGCUUAUACAAAUAGACUGACGAAUUUUUAACACGGUAUGAUGUUGCCAUAUAGUUAAAUCAGAAGCUUGAGCAUAUUGCAAUUUUUUCUGAAACAGAGUUGACUGAUUUUGAUACUAAUCAGCUCAUAUGGUCUUAAAUUUUUUUUUCAGUUCCUGUAACCAUUUUUUUUUAAUUUCCUUUCUAUAGUAAAUCUUGUCAGUAAAUAAAGGCACAAUAACCAUAAAAUAUUUUUUUUAUCGUUU